AUGGAGCUUAUGCGGCUGUUUCAGUUCACUGACGCUGCAGGGAAUCGCGUGCCGAUGCUCUCGCUCUUCGGGGACCUUGUGGAGAUAUAUUCGGCCAACAAGGCGAGCCAUCAUCGCACUAUUCUGAAGAAGCUGCAGAAGAACGACCCUGACAUCAAGGCGGACUUCUCACAGUUUAUCUUCUUCGACAACCAAACGAACAAUGUCCAGAAUGUCUCCAGCAUUGGCGUAACGAGUGUGUACUGCCCCAACGGCAUGGUCUCUGGGGUAUUUGAGCGCGGAAUAAAGGAGUGGCAGGCGCAGCACAAGAACCAUAACCUGUGA